UGAUCGGUCCAAGCGUUCACAUUUUCGCAUAGGAAUCGAUCCAUGCUCCGAAACUUCCAAGGAUAACUAUAUACUAUAUACUUAUGAUGAUGAAAUUAAUCCGCGAGUGCGAAUGGUGUCGUCUUGCGUCAUUAAAUCUUUCGUUACGUUGGAAAUUAUGUCCAAGGAUCGUGCACCACAAGGCGCACCAAGUUGAAGUAAAUUUCGCAAUAUGGAUUCACGUGAAUAAUUUAUAUUUUUUCGUCACGUAAUCAAUACUAAUUGUAAUAAUUGACAUUCAUUGAUGACCGCCAAUUUGACGAUGCAAUCGCAACAUCACGAGCAACGACGCGAAAUCGCCGCUGAUAAUUGCUGCUAUCAGCAAUGGUCGGCGCAUCAUUAUCACCAUCAUCAUCAUCAUCAGCAGCAGCAGCAGCAGCAGCAGCAGCAGCAGCAGCAGCAGCAGCAGCAUCAUCAUCAUCAUCAUCAUCAUCAUCAUCAUCAGCAGCAGCAGCAGCAGCAGCAUCUGCCCGCUGUACCAUCGCCCAUGCAACAAAUGGAAGCCUGUUUGCAAAGCGCCGGAAGAGUAAAGAGAUCUCGCAGUCCCAGUCAUCCGAUGAAGGCCAUUUUGCCGAUUCAUUCGGCGAAUUCGAUUUCCCCGCGAUCUGCUACGAUGGAAUCGCGCAACGAUAGUAACAAUAACAAUAGUCAUCACGGUGAUCAUCAUCCGAGCGAAGACGGCAGGUCCUCCGUUGAAGAAUCGAGCGCGAAACGACCGCUCCAUCCGGCGCUGCUUGGUGCUGGCGCCGCUCUGGAGGCGAAGCCGCUCUGGGAGGAAUUCCAUCAACUGGGCACCGAGAUGAUUGUUACGAAAGCUGGACGAAGAAUGUUCCCCACGUUUCAGUGUCGACUGUUCGGCUUAGACCCUAACACCGAGUAUCUGAUGGUGAUGGAUUUCGUCCCGUGCGACGACAAGAGGUAUCGAUAUGCUUUCCACAGCAGUGCCUGGGUCGUAGCUGGUCGCGCUGAUCCCAUAUCACCCCCCAGGAUCCACGUGCAUCCCGAUAGUCCUGCGAGUGGCGCUCAUUGGAUGAAACAGCCAAUUUCCUUCGACAAGUUGAAAUUGACUAACAAUCAGCUUGACGAUAACGGACACAUUAUCCUGAAUUCGAUGCACCGUUAUCAGCCACGUUGUCACAUAGUGGUCGCUCCUUCGCCACCAGGCUCGGCGCCGGAUCCUCGCACGGAGAACUUCAAGACAUUUUCCUUUCCAGAGACUAGAUUCACCGCGGUCACCGCAUACCAGAACCAUCGGAUAACGCAGCUCAAGAUUGCCAGUAACCCGUUCGCCAAGGGUUUUCGGGAUUGCGAAUCGGACGAUUGCGACGGCGUGGCGGCCGUCGGUGCAGGGAUGCCGAAUCCUGCCAAAAGGCCAGCCACGGGAGUCACGAAUACCGCGAGUACCACCAUAAAUACCCUUCUCCCAUCCGGUUACAACGCCAUGCCGAUUCCGGCGCCGAUGCAAAUUCCGGGUGUAAUACCCGCCGCUACCUCCCAGGAACACCAUCAGUUCUACGGCGCAACGGGCACCGUAACAGGUAGCCAUUGGACGCAUUAUCCGAGCCAUCAUGGACAGUCGUCGGCUCACGUCAACACGGUUCAUUAUCCGAUGCAUUCGCAGCAUCCGCAUUCGAGCGCGUCUCUCUACGGACCGCGAUAAUCAUCAAUUUGACCUCGCCCGCGCGCCACCCAAUGCGGUUCUCAUCGAUCUCAUCGUUUCUACCUUCGUCGGCCUCUAAUUACGUACGUAACUAAUAUAUUUCAGAUUUUUAUGUCGAAUCAUCGAAAACAAUUAAUUCGUGCACGCUUAAAAAACGAUGGAGAUGAUACGUGAUACGUAUCAUUCGCAGUUCGCAUCGCGUGUAUCCCGAUAUUUUUCGAACGUUAUACUGUUUAUAUAAUACACACACACACACACACGCACGCACGCACGCACGCACGCACGCACGCACGCACGCACGCACGCACACACACAGUUUUGACGUAUUUUACAUCUCGGUUCGACGCUUUUUUACAAUUAGUGCAAUGGAACGCAAGAAUCUCGACGAUUCCUUCUUGAAACGUGUUGAUGUGACUUUAGACUUGCAGAUGAAUUCUUUUAAAAAUACACGCGCCGAACAACUUUUCUUGCGCGACCUCUUAUAAAUAUUGCAUAUGUAUAUAUUUGCAUUGUUCGCAAUCGAAUUUCUCUUAAUCUAUCAACGUAUCGAAAGAAUCAGAUCACGUAAAAUUAUUUCAAUUAUUUCAAAAGAUGAACAUUUUACGCGCACAUAUACAUUUAUAUUUAUUUCUGCGUUUAACGGCAGUUUUUUAUUCAAGCUUAUUUAAUUGAUAGUAAGAUAUAGUAAUUGAUAAAUUAUUAUA